GAUUAUACAGAUUUCAAAUCCGUUUGAAAUGUAUUGUAAUCUCUCCCUCAAGGAAGCAUAAAUAGCAUGCGCUCUGGGAGAGAAGAGCUCUCGCACGCUCGCAUUAGGAGAAAGUGCGCGUGUUGCUCCUCGUCAGGAGCAAAGGUGGAUCGGAGGAGCUGUCAGUUUCAGAACCAUUUAGCAGUGAAUGGAAAGCUCCUUUUCAACCAAGGUUAAAACGUCAGCCUUCUCAAUGCGGAAACAGGUGAUAGACGGCAGCGAACGUACACACGGCUACGCGGGUCUAUCAGGAUUCUGCAGCUUCUUAUAACAUUAGCAUUUGUAAUGGCAGGGCCUGAAAAGAUGAGCAGAGCAGCAUGGCGAUGAGACCGGUCAAUCAUCUUCCAGCUUACUGACCCUCACCAAAUGAACCCAUUUUUUAAAUUCAUUUUGGGUUAGAAAGGAAGCUUAAGAGACAGAGGCCUGCACUGAGGCUAGUGUGGGGACCAUGUCUCAGUCUGGCAAGAUCCUGCACCUGUAUGUGGAGGUGAGGUCUGUCCCGGAGGAAGAAGGGAAGGAUUUGGGGGGUGGUGUGGAGGGGAUUCACCCACUAGUGCUCCAAGAGCCGGACAUCCUACCUCAGUCCCAGAGCACCUCCAGCCACUCCACCUGUACCUGCACCUCCACCCCCAGCCCAACGUCCAUGUCCCCUGGAGUGGUGCAUAAUGUUGGGGGCAGCACUCCCAGCCUCACCCCCUCCAAGUCCUCCUCGAGACACUCUGUCAGUUUCCAGCUGGACCUACCGGACAACUCGGGACCGCCCAUCCACCACAGGCAGAGUCUGCCUUACGAGGGGACUGGUCAACUGCUCUCCACUCUCCAGCCUGCACCCGAUGGUCCGCAGCAUGGAACUCUGGUGCGCCCCCGCUCCUCAGACAUUGAGCACUACCAAGGGAGGGUGCCCCUAUCCCCUGCCUGCUCUGGGAUAAUAACUGCCCCCUCCUCUCCAACCAGUGGGUGCAGGUUCUACGAUAGCUCUGGUGUGGGGCAUGAGGGCAAACGCUCUGUGGUCAGCUUUAGCUACAUAGAGAAAGCCAGUAUUAAGUCUGUGGACAGCCAGUGCCAAAGUAUACCUGAGAACCCCUUCAGUAGAGGAAUGGAGGAGGGGUAUCUGCCUGCCCGCCUCAGGAAGAGGCUUAGUGACCCUGUGUGGUCAGACAGCUGGAAGCCCUCCGGUAGCUCCAGCCCCAAACUGUCCCCUAAGGGCUCCCCCUGUCUCCGCAGGUCCACUCUGGACACUGUAGCCAGAGAAGCCACCUACAGGGCCAUGGAGGAAUUUGGCUCUCCGGAACUGAGGCGCAGACUGGCAGCCUACAGCCCAGACCAGAGCCCCAGCUUUCCACGGCACUACCAGCAGCAGCUCCGCUGCAAGUCCUGGGUAGGGUCCCCAGUCCUGCCUCAGGGUACCAAAACACUGCCCGUCAAUCCAGACAGGAGCCGCAGUUUAAAUGGCCUCACCAGAAGCCCAGCUUCUGACCAGCUCUUCGUUCAAGCCAGGCAGUCCUACUACAAAUACACCAUGUCCCCCUCCAGUGUUCGCCACCACUAUGGUGUCCAUAACCACAGGCCAGGCCUGGGGGACGAGAGCCCCAGCUUGUCCUCCAAGUUCCGCCCGCCUUUACCUACAGGGAGGCCCACUGCGAUCCAGCAUGACAUACCAGCAAGCAUGUCUACCAGCACCUCUGCCUCUUGCAACCAGAGGACUAGCAGCCAAACCAGCAGCUAUACUCCUAGCGUUAGCCACUGCUUACCCAACAAAGUCAACUCCAAACUGUCAGAUCAGUCAAAUGGAGGCAAGCUGGUAGAGGGAUUGAACCAGUCCAGUGGCAGGAGAAGUAUCUCCCAGGCCUCUAGCCCUGACAUGGCCCGUAAGCUGGCAGAGGAAGUUACCAAGCUUCCCACCAUCCUCAUGGACAGGAGGACUCCCUCGUUCCAGACUGACUCGGCUAAGUCAGAGAGCCCCAGGCCUGGCUACCUCUCUAGGAAGUCUCAACCCUAUACCACCCUCCAGGGCACGGGUUCUCCAGCGCAGCCCCACCCUGAAGCUAACAGUAACACCCACCUCCAGGACCACAGGUGGACAGACGAGGAGUCUCCUAGUGUUGGAUGCCACUCCAGAGAGUCCAGACUAGGCCAAGGCUCGAGGCAAGCCUCCCCCCUCCUACAGCAGAAGGGCAUCUCUCCUACUAUGCCAGCUAUGCUGCACCCAGUGGUGGCGUCCCAGACCCCUAUCAUAGACCCUCGGCUGCAGAGAGCUGAGCUGGUGGCGAAAGACAGCCCCACCCUGCACCGCCACCAACCCCCACAGUACAUGGGAGACCGGGGCUCCCCUGGCCUGUAUAGGAGACAGUACGACACCCUCUUUGACAGAGGGGAUCCAAGGGACAGCCCGGAGAGCAGCAGGCGCCUGGUUAUAGGCCUUGACAUGGAGCCACCAGACAGCUGGACCUCCAGGAUGCAGCAGUGGAGGGAGAACGUGUCCGUCACGGACCAAGACGAGUCCAAUAGGGAGGAUCAGACUGCUGAUGGUGAUGGAUUGUGUGUGGUGACCAAGGAAGAGCUGAUGCAACAGGGGAGGGAUGAAGCAGCUGUGUUGGGGGAUAAACAUGGGGUAAACGGGGGGGAGACCCAGGACCAUAGCGGCUUGCUAGGGUCUUCCCAAAGCUCCAGUGGAGUGACAGGCAGUCUAGAGGAAAACAGUCAGCCAGAGAGGGACUGUCUCUCACCAGAGACAUCCAGCCAGUCCAGCCAGAAGAGCAAUGACACUGAAGACACUGCUUCUGGGAUGCAGUCAGACAGCCACUACUCUGUGCUGGGCCCGUCCUUGCACUCCCAGAGGAUUGCCCAUGCCAAAUGGGAGUUCCUGUUCGGACAGCCCACAGAGGACUGCCACGAUUCUAAAGCCCCCCCUAGGGGCACCUCCAGCGAGUCUCCCAAGCCUACCCCUCCCUCCUCCCUGCCCCUGAAGCCCACAAAUCACUGGAGGGGGCUGGACGAUGAGGGACAGAGUUUAUCCUAUCACAACGUCCAGCAGGUGGAGGUGGACCUGGUGACUCCGCCCCCAGUCGCUGUGGUUGGCAUCUCACCCAAGACGGGCAUCAUCCGGAAAACCAUCAAGUACUCUGAGACGGACUUAGAUGCGGUGCCCCUGAAAUGCUAUAGGGAAACAGACCUGGAUGAGGUAAUGUUAGCUGAGGCUGAGGCCCAGGCAGAGAGAGAGGGAGAACAGGAGGAGGUGGAAGUGGACUCUGCCUUUGGGAGUAAUCGCAGCGUGCUGGCCACCUCGGCCUCUAGCGCCAGUACCAUAGUCCACACUGACGGAGAGGUGGAGGAGCUAGAGGAGGAGAUGGUGAGCUGGGCCAGUGUGAGGAUGCAGGGGGAUAAGAAGAGACAACAUGCCACCCAUGAGGAUAAUCAGACGUACAGUCUGCUGAUGAAGGGUCGUCCGUUGGACUACAUAUCAGAUUCCCAUUCAGCACUCAAGUCCCCCAUCUCAUUGAUCAGCCCUCGCAGGACCUCUGCGGAUGGCCUUGACUCCUUCAGCCACCACUUUGAGAGCAUUGUGGAGUCUCACAGGGCUAAGGGCACCUCUUACAGCAGCCUGGACAGCGUUGACCUCUUGACCUCCAGCGGCCCGCACGUUUUCACCUUUGACCUUCCCACCCUCACCCCUGAGAUCCAGAGCCAGAUAUGUGAGAGUGCGCGUCACAUCACGGAGCUGAGUUUUGCCCCCCUGGCCCAUCCAGAGCCUCCGAGGGUGUCUGUCCCUGUCCGGUCUGAGAACACCCUGGCCCCCACAGGAGACCGGCUCAGCAGCUACUCUGAGGAUUCUACUUCAGGAGGGAAGUCCUGGUUGGAGAAAGUCUCAAUGAAAACUAACUUAGACUUUCCUCUCAUUCGGGAGAAGCCAGGCCACCGGGCUCCAGACCUGUUCCCGCAGCAGGACGUGGGCGAGCACUUGGCCCUGGGCAGCACCGAGUCCCUGUCCAACGGCAACAAGGCUGACCUGCAGGCUGCCAAGCGCCUGGCCAAACGCCUGUUCAACCUGGAUGGUUUCAGGAAGUCUGACGUGGCCAGGCACCUCAGCAAGAAUAAUGAGUUUAGUCGGAUGGUGGCAGAGGAAUAUCUCAGUUACUUCAACUUCUCAGGCCUUACUAUUGACCAGGCAAUACGAGCCUUCCUGAGGGAGUUUGCCCUCAUGGGAGAGACACAAGAGAGGGAGCGAGUGCUGGCCCACUUCUCUAGGAGAUAUCUACAAUGCAACCCAAAUGCAAUACCUUCUGAAGACAGUGUCCACACUCUGACCUGUGCCCUGAUGCUGCUCAAUACAGACCUGCAUGGCCACAAUAUUGGCAAAAAGAUGUCCAUUCUGCAGUUCAUCAGCAACUUGGAAGGACUAAAUGAUGGAAAAGAUUUUCCUAGAGAACUGCUCAAGGCCUUGUACAACUCCAUUAGAAACGAGAAGCUCCAGUGGACCAUCGACGAGGAGGAGUUGCGCAAGUCCUUUUCAGAGUUGGCCGAUUUGCGCACUGACUCCGCCUCUCACACCAUGAAGCGAAUCGGCAGUGGUCUAGGCGUGGCCCAGAAUCCUGACGCCCUGAUCUAUAAGAAUGGUUUCCUGGUGCGGAAGGUCCACGCAGACUCUGACGGCAAGAGAACCCCUCGAGGUAAGAGAGGAUGGAAGACGUUUUAUGUCAUGCUGAAGGGAUUGGUCCUUUACCUGCAGAAGGGAGAGUACCGUCCAGAUAAGCAGCUGUCUGAAGAGGAUCUGAAGAAUGCUGUUUCCAUCCAUCACUCUCUGGCCAUGAGGGCAGCAGACUACAGCAAGAGGCCCAACGUGUUCUACCUGCGCACUGCAGACUGGCGAGUGUUCCUCUUCCAAGCACCUAAUGCAGAGCAGAUGCAGUCGUGGAUCACCCGUAUCAACGUGGUCUCAGCCAUGUUCUCAGCGCCACCCUUCCCUGCUGCCAUCGGCUCCCAGAAGAAAUUCAGCCGCCCGCUGCUGCCAGGCUCCAACACCAAACUGUCUCAGGAGGAACAAGUGAAAUCCCAUGAGACACGUUUCCGGACCAUCUCCUCUGAGCUGAUCGAGCUAACUGCUGUGAUUCCAGACAAAAAGGCCAAAGUUCGUGAUCUGGAAGAGCACAAGCAACGUGAGGAGUACCUGGAGUUUGAGAAAACUCGCUAUGGGACGUACGCAAUGCUACUGAGGUCUAAGAUCCGGAGUGGGGAAGAGGAUCUGUCUCUGUUCGAGUCACGCCUCUUUGACGAUGGGGGUCUCCAGAGGGCCCACUCCAGCCCCACACUGCGGGAGGAGCACAGCAGCAGCAGCCAGGCCAGCAGUACCAGGGAGGGGGGAAGCAGCAGCAGCCAGGCCAGCAGUGCCAAGGGGGGGGCCAGCAGCAGUAGUUCCAGCACCAGGGGGAGCAGCAAGACCAAGCGCUCUGAGCCCCAGAGACACAGCUACAGACAGGCUGUCAAACAGUGAGGGACACGAGGGUGUUGGGGUGGACAGGGUGGUUUAAACGAUUGGACUAUCCGUGUCGAUCGAUACACAGGGACCACUGGUGUGCCCGGUCUCCAUGACUGGAAAAUGGUGGGGAGGAGAAAGAUAAUGGGGGGAUAGACCUGUUGCAUGCUUCUAUCCCGAGAAACCACAGACACUGGAUGCACCAGGGCUAAUUAUACAGUACAGUGGUCUCCCAUUUUACUAUACAAAUGACUAACUUCUGCGUGGUCCUACAUUACUGUAAUAUCCACAUUCAUUUAAUUUGAUUAUGCUUUUGGACCAAUUUCUUGUUGACAUAAGAGACAGAGAUCGGAAUAUUACAUUAGAUCUGGGGUUUUUAAGAGGUGUAGGUUGUUUUCCCUCCACGAAGGUUCAGUAUCGAUCCAUUCCAUCUACUGUAUGUCAUUACCGCCCAGCCCACCUCUCGGUGACCAUCAAGGAGGGACCGAGACAGAGCUGCAUCAGCUCAUCUCACUGUUCCCGUGGAGACUAAACGGACCCCGUGCCCAUGUCAGGACCCCUACCGACCAGAGUGCCAGGACCUCAACCCACCCACAAUGCAUUUGGAGGAAACUGGAAGAAACACUGUAUUCUUCAUGAGACAUGAUCAAUUGGAACGAAUAUAGGUUACUGGACAUCAUUUUAUGAUGCUGCAUGCACAUACUAGUUUUGUUUUCAAAGUCUUUGCUAUGAUUUUGUUAUUCUAAUGACUUUUCUGGUGACAAACUGCACUGAUCCAGGCCCGGUUUGAGUAACUGUGUAGCUCUGCUGGGUCUAAUGAUUUCUAAAGACCUUUUACACACAUCAGCUACGGCACCGAGGGAUUUGUCAUACUAAUGAUGAAGUAGAUUGAUCACACAGGCUGGCUAUCUGUCCGUUGAAUGAACUUUUGAAGAGAACUGCAUGCAUAUCAGGAGCUUGAUGACUCCGUCUUCAAGGACAUGGUUCACUCUGAUAUCAAAAGACAAUCCUUUUUAAAAACAUUCUUACGUUAUUCACGUGGUGUUUUGCAUUUGUACAACUGAAAAUGAAACAUGACAGAGCUUAGUUUACAGUACAUCUCAGCUGUAUGUCAAACACUCGUUUUGAAAGUGUCUACAGGAAGAACUCGUCAGAUCAGUGAUGACAAAUUAAUUCAAAUGUUGGUAGAAUGUUGAUUUAAAUUCAGUAUUAUGAAUUGUAAUGAGGCACCGUCUACCACACCCAAUAUAUUGUAUAAAAGAAUGUAACAUAUGAAAAACUAUAUAGAAUGUUAUGGCGUGGCAUAGCCAUUUUCUUCUCAGGCUGGCAGUGUUGUCUGUAAACUGGUGCAGUAAUGCCACAAUAUAGCCACCAAAGGGGGCAGUUCAAAUGGGGAAACGUUGGUCCUCGGUGGUAAGAUUGACUUGACUGGAUAAUACCGGGUUUAUCUGGGUGUCAUGGACUGCUGCAUUUACACGGGCAGCCCAAUUCGUCUUUUGACCAAUCAGAUCUGAUCUGAUUGACCAAAAGACCAAUUCAAAAAUAUAGGUCUGCUUAAACGCCGCCAGAGUGAAGUCUUACUGCUUUACUUUCCCACACAUAUGACCACGGUGAAGUAGAUGAUUCCAUGGGUGGAGGUUCCCACCAACAGUAUGAGAUUGUGUUAUGUUGUUGAAUUAGACAGAAUAACCUCACAUGGCGGAGAUGGUUCUGUGAUGAGUACCCUUGCCUGAAGACGUUUGCGUCUUGAACUGUUACCUAGGCUUUAGCUCAGCGGGUUCAAACCAGCAACAUUGGCUGUCAUUGUAAUUCUAUGGGGACCAUGACAGGGUGAGGCAUGUGCUCAGUCAUGCAGAAUGCCACAAUCACUUUUUGGGUGUGUCUUGCUCCCAUUGUGAAUACGUGAGGGACAAUAAAUCAACAGUAGACUUAAACUAAAGUAGCGUCAAGGACCUUUUUGAGUAGGGCUUCUAAUGUGAUCGGACACAGGGGUUAUCACACCCUUCUGCACUUUGGGUUAGGGACUAGUGUUGUAAUCUAAUUUUUUUUUUGCUUACCAGUUAACUUGGUCUUGUUGAGUAUUUGUCACUGUCCAAAACGUAGACUGCUAUUUCUGUACAUGUUUCUACUGGACUCACUUCCCAUAGAUGCUAAAACGUGCAACUUAUUUCUAUAAAUUUUUCUUGAUUUAACUCUGCAUAUUGUCAAUAACACAUUAAGAUUUUGCUCUGUCAAAUAUACUAAAUGGUUUAUCUUUUGAGGAAUAGUUGACAAAAAUAAACACAUUUUGAAAAGA